AAAUGAUCACAUUUGACCAAUCAGAUGUUGGUGGGUGGAGUUGUGGCCGUAUUUGUAAGCAAGUUAGUGCGGCGUUGCAGACUUGUGCUAAAACCGCUAAGCGUUGUAGUCUGGUCAGUCCGCUACAGUUUGAGUCUCCGCAUACAUAUAAAACGCAGCCAUGACAAAGGAUCCAAACAAGCCCAGAGGAAAAACCUCAUCCUAUGCCUUCUUUGUGGCAACCUGUCGUGAGGAGCACAAGAAGAAGCACCCAGGAACCAGUGUGGGUUUUGCAGAGUUUUCAAAGAAGUGCUCAGAAAGAUGGAAGACCAUGUCUGGCAAGGAGAAGCAGAAGUUUGAGGAGAUGGCGAAGAACGACAAGGUCAGAUAUGAUAGAGAGAUGAAAUCCUACAUCCCUCCUAAAGGUGCUAAAAAAGGAAAAAAGAAGAAGGAUCCUAAUGCCCCCAAGAGGCCACCCUCUGCCUUCUUUGUCUUCUGCUCGGACCACCGUCCAAAGAUCAAGGAGGACCAUCCUGGUAUUUCCAUUGGUGACAUUGCCAAGAAGCUUGGUGAGCUCUGGGCUACACAGAGUGCCAAAGACAAGGCUCCUUAUGAGGCUAAAGCUGCCAAACUGAAGGAAAAGUAUGAGAAGGAUGUUGCCGCUUACAGAGCGACAGGUGGCUCAGGGAAGACUGACGCUGGAAAGAAGAGCGGCCCGGGUAGGCCUAAAAAAGCGCAACCAGUUGACGACGAUGACGACGACGAUGAGGACGAUGAUGACGAAGAUGAGGAAGAUGACGAGGAGGAUGACGAAGAUGACGAUUAAGCGGUUAUGAAUAUGUUUUGUAAUGCAUUAAGCUAAGUUCUUUUUGUGUGCAUAUUCAAACCGUAUAACCUGCUGUCCCUGUUGGUCAGUCUGUGGGUGAGCAGACCUGUAUUCCUCUUCAAGUUCAGGGAUUUAGUUUCUCAAAUAGUCCCCGUAAUUUCUUAAACUUCUUUUUGUGUCUUUAGAUUCUUGUUGCUAUAUUAAAACAGUCGACUUUUGAUUCAGUGUACCUGAUUGGUAUUACAGAGGACUUUAGCCUGCUCUGGACAGCAGUACAGUAUAGCAGCAAGCUUUUAAAGAGAUGUUUUGCUUCUCCAAGCACUGCUUAGUUUUGUUUAGUGGUGCUGAUUGUUCACUGUCAUUUGACUAGCAGAUGUCUUGAUUUGAUUGAAAAUGCAGCCAUUUUAAUGUUAAAACCUUCAUGUAGAACACUUUUUUUUGUAAUAAAAAAUUUUGUAUAUUGA